AACUUCCAGCUCAGCUUGUUGCACACUUUCUCUGGCAGCACCACCCCGCAGCAUCCUCAGACCAGUUCCCUCCCCGGGUCAGUGCCUCCAAGCUCCUUCCCUCUCCCGCAGCUAAGUCAUGUCUUCCAGCAGCCGAGUAGCCGUGGUGACGGGGAGCAACAAGGGCAUCGGCUUCGCCAUCGUGCGCGAUCUGUGCAAGAAAUUCUCGGGCGAUGUGAUUCUCACGUCCCGGGACCCGACCCGGGGCCAGGAGGCUGUGAAGAAGCUGCAGGAGGAGGGACUGAAGCCGAUUUUCCACCAACUGGACGUCGAUGACCCACAGAGCAUUCGGACGCUGCGGGAUUUUCUCCAGGAGCGCUACGGGGGUGUGGAUGUGCUGGUCAACAAUGCGGGAAUGGCCUUCAAAGCUGCUGAUACCACACCUUUUCCUAUUCAAGCUGAAGUGACCAUGAAAACCAACUUUUUUGGCACCAAAGCUGUUUCUGCAGAAUUACUGCCUUUAGUAAAACCUCAAGGCAGAGUGGUGAAUAUCUCUAGCAUGAUGAGCUUACGUUCCCUUAAAGACUGCAGCCCAGAACUACAGCAGAAGUUUCGCAGUGACACCAUCACAGAGGAAGAGCUGGUGGGGCUCAUGACAAAGUUUGUGGAAGAUACAAAGAAAGGAGUGCAUCAGAAGGAAGGUUGGCCCAACAGUGCUUAUGGAGUGACCAAGAUUGGAGUCACUGUGUUGUCCAGAAUCCAUGCCAGGCAGCUGAAUGAGCAAAGGAAAGGUGAUAAGAUUCUUCUGAAUGCCUGCUGCCCAGGAUGGGUGAGAACUGACAUGGCGGGCCCCAAGGCUACCAAGAGUCCAGAAGAAGGAGCUGAAACCCCAGUUUAUUUGGCUCUUUUACCCCCAAAUGCUACGGAACCUCAUGGCCAGUUUGUCAUGGAGAAAAAGGUUGAAAAAUGGUAAACUUCAUUUGUGAAUCCAUUCUAGUAAUAUUAGAAUGUUAAGUAUCUUAGAGUUGAUUUAAAAGCGUAUUUAGAAAGAAAUAAAAAUAAUAAUACGUUUUUAUUGUCGCAGCCAAUUCCUAAAAGGUGUUCCCUUUGGGUUGCCUACUGAUUACGUGAAAGAUUUUGUAAUGACUAAAUAUCUGUAAUGUGGUUGGGAAAAACAUGAAAAAUUCAGAUUUUUAAAAUGGAAUAAAAUGUUUUCAAAAAACUUGAAAGAAA